ACAGGUACACAGGAGCCACGAUGAUCCUCUUCAUCAUUCGACCGCUUUUGAUGAUCCUUCUGCUCCAGCCAGCUGCAGGGAAUGACGAAUGGAAGACAGCUGAACCUGACACCUCUGUGAGUUACGAGGAGUUCUGCAUACGCAUUCCUGACGACCCUCCGUCAACCAGCUCCAAACCCGUUUCUCAGACUCCCACAACCACGGCUCAUCCACCCAAAAAUCCCGUGAAACCGAAAAGCAGAAAUCUGGUGUCCCACUUUCAACGAACAGCUGAAGCCAAAAGUGGAUGUUACUGCAACGACGGCAACAUGAAACAGCCAACUGAAACCUCCAGGAUUCUAGUCUGGGCCAAACGACAUCCCAGCGAAAUGUGUAGCAUAACUGAAUACAUUGAGACGUUGGCAGAUGGACGGCAGGUUUGCGUGAGACAAUCCAGCUGGUUAACAUCGAUUGGUGACGUUUUACGAGCCUGGCUUAAAACUACAACCCCUCCAGUGAUGAUUCCGACUCCUCCUCCUCCUGUACGUGAUAUUCCUACAUUAAACAUCUACUGCGGAGACUGCAACUCGUUCAACAAAAAUUACCCUGAUAUUGACCUGAGGGCGAUGCAGUCCCUGGACGUAAAGAUGCCACUGCAUUGUCCUGCUCAAAUUAAUAUCAACAUGAAUGACGGUAGGGUUUACUGUGUGAAACUGAUCGAGUUCCAGAGAGUGCUCCAGAAUCUGGAGAUCCUUCCUCCUUAUGAUGAAUGCCCACCCAACAGCAUUGCUGACGGAUGCCGUUGCCAAGAAACAACAAAGGAUCGUCCACCUGGAAGAAUUUGGCUCCCCAGUGACAACUGUCCCUCAACUGAAGUCAUGGAGACACAGGUGGAUGGCACGGAGGUGUGUAAGACUAUCUGCGACCCCUAUCAAUACUUUAGGAAUCUCACUAUUUUGGAAGCGGAAAGAUCACGCCCUCCAGGCCCUCCAAGCCCUCCAAGCCCUUCAGACCCUCCAGGCGAACACGGCCCACGCGGCCCUAUAGGCCCAUGCGGCCCUGCAGGCCCAGAUGGCCCUUCAGGCCCACGCGGCCCUCCAGGCCCUCCAGACUCUCCAGGUCCUCCAGGCUCUCCAGAUCCUCCAGGCUCUCAAGGGCCUCCAGGCCCUAAAGGUAGUGCUGGCACUCGAGGUUCUCCAGGUGUUGUCAAGCCUACUUUCAACACAGGUGGACAAUAUGGUGAAGUAGGAUGCAGAGGCUGCGUCCACUCUAAAGACUUGAAGAGCAUUGAUCCAAAGGAUGUUGCGUCCCUGGAGAUAAAUUUGCCAUCACCCGCCUGUCAUGGCAGUAUUUGGCUCACCCUGACAAAUACAACCAAAUUCUGCAUGGACUCAUCAAUGCCGCAGUUUAAGGAUGUGCUGGAGAAGCUGGAAAAUCAACCCAACUAAAGAAAAACGGCCUAUGUGGAAAUGUGACACUGAAUUUGUCUGAAAGUUAAAGUUCAUAAUUAAGCUGUAAUACAACAGUACACAGUGAGAAAUAUCAAAAUCUUCUGCUUGGCUUUAUCAUUCAGUAAUAAAUGUGUGAGCUGA